AUGUCUGCUGUCCAGAACCUCCACUCUUUCGACCCCUUUGCUGAUGUCAGUAAGGAUGAUGACCUGGUUCCCGCUGGCACUGAGGAUUAUAUCCAUGUAAGAAUUCAACAGAGAACUGGCAGGAAGACCCUUCCUACUGUCCAAGGGAUUGUUGAUGAUUACGAUAAAAAGAAACUAGUAAAGGUGUUUAAGAAAUAUGCCUGCAACAGUACUGUAGUGGAGCACCCAGAAUAUGGAGAAGUAAUUCAGCUACAGGGUAACCAGCACAAGAACCAGCGCCAGUUCCUGGUAGAGAUUGGACUGGCUAAGGACGAUCAGCUGAAGGUUCAUGGGUUUCAAGUGUUUGUGGCACAGAAGUGUAACUGA